CCCGUCACCAAGUCCCCUCCGCCCCCAAUGGAGAACCCGAUGUUAGCGGCGGUGAUCAAUAACCUGCCCCACCUCCUGGACAACCCCGACCUCGUACAGCGCGUCCUCGACGGCGCCCGUGCAGACCUCCACCUGAACGGCCUCCACCUCGCCGAGGCGGCGGCCCAACUCAGAGACUGCUUGCGCGCCGAGGGCCGACUCCGGACCCUCCCCGAGCCCAGGGAGGAGCAACGGAUCGCGUGCGCGAUGCUCGUCGAUGCGGGCAGGGCCAGCUAUCGUUUCUUCUUGAAGCAGCACUGGCUGCUCGGCCAGCUCGUCGGGUCGCUCCUCGUGAUCCGGGCAGCCGCCGCCGCCAGGAGCCGCGCCCACCUCCUCCCCGGCGUGCUCCUCGCGGCGGUCUCGGCGGCUGUGGUCGUGUACGUCUCGACCCGUGGCGUCGUGGUGCCAGGUUUCAGGAGCCUCGUGAGAUUCUCCCUCCUGACGCUGGACUUCCUCUUCGCCCCCGAUCGGCCUCGUGCUCGUGGACGGGCUGGACUUCAGAGACGCUUAAGGUGAGCCUCCUAUUCCUAUGAUCCUGCCCGUUCUGAUGUAUUGCGACAUGUUCCUGAGCAGAGCACUCCAAAUUCAUAUUCUACCUCCCCGCUCCAAUCUGAUGAUAUAUGUCUGUCUUGUGCUAUCUUUUGGAUGGUUUAAGAGAAUUUAAACUUCAGUUCUGCUUUGGAAGAGCCACAAGAUCUGUCAAUCUGGACAUAUGUGCAAGAACGCCCGUUAGGCCUUAUACAAUGCUAGGUGCUCAGGGAGGUGCUUAGAAAAACAGCAUGAGUUUUUCUGAAGCAUCAAUGUCUAUUUCUAUAGAAAAAGAA